ACAACAACCCAUCAACCCCUUUGCGACGAGGUACCCUUGGCCUGCGCAACCUACUAGAAUAUCGCCAGUCGAUUUGCACGCCAAAGCAACAAACUCAGGAAGCUUGCGCCAGACACCGGAAGCAGACGACAAAAGAGCACGCCGAGCGCAACAAGGAGGCGAGCACCAACAAGAAGCAGCACGCACAACCGCACAGCAUGGGGGGUUACUUGUCAACAUUGUCCCGGCUCGUAUGGGCAAAGAAAGAGAUCAGGAUAUUGAUUUUGGGCCUGGACAACGCCGGAAAGACAACACUUCUCUACAGACUCAAGAUUGGCGAAGUCGUAACGACCAUUCCCACCAUAGGCUUCAACGUCGAGUCGGUCAACUACAAGAACCUCAACUUCAAUGUCUGGGAUUUGGGAGGUCAGACGUCCAUCCGCCCGUACUGGAGAUGUUACUACGCCAACACAGCCGCCGUCAUCUUCGUCAUUGACUCGACUGACGUCGACCGACUCUCCACCGCUGCCGACGAACUAUCAGCCAUGUUGAAUGAGGAGGAGCUCCGUGAUGCCGCAUUAUUGGUAUUUGCGAACAAACAGGAUCAACCGGGUGCCAAAGGCGCUGGGGACAUCAGUGAAGCUCUGCGUUUAGGCGAGCUCAAAGAUAGAAACUGGACAAUCGUUGCCUGCAGUGCCAUUGAUGGCAGGGGAGUUUCAGAGGGCAUGGACUGGAUGGUCCAAACUGUACAAUCCGACUCUUCCUAAUCGAAUCAAGCCCUGAGUUCCGGCCAGAUUCGUCGCUUUGCUGAAGCAUACCCACCCCACAUUGGCAUGUGCCUUCAUCAUCAAUUCGCCUUGCGGACUCCAAAAAUCCCAUUCAUGAUACCCACUCUGUAAUUACACGCUUUCUAGACACUGUUGUCUCCCGCUAGUCUCGAUGCUACUUUCAAGGUCACGAUCAUCUUGCGCAUACUUGGGCGUCUUCUCGCCUGAACACAAAAUCAAACAAAACCACAAUUUCCAGAAGACAAUCGUGAUACCAUGUCAAGGCCUGCGCGUCAUUCUAACAAAUAAGAAGUGAAUAACUCAAUGGUUGCUGUCACCGCCAUGAGCGCCAUCUGUCGAUACAAAUGAUUGAGACAUGCUCGGG